CAUAAUAUUGCUACACUUAAUUUUGAAGAUUUAUGUUGUCUUAUUGAUUUACAAAUACAAAAUUUUGAAGAAAAUAUUGUUCUAGGUGGUGCAAGUCUUUUAAAUUUGCCUGAUCAAACAACUACAACACAAAUUACAUGUAGUGAAUAUAGUUCAUAUAUUAACAAUCAAGCUGAAAAACAAUUUACAAAAGCAAUUGCAUCAACACAAUUAAAAACCUGUCUUCCAUUUCUUACUGAACACCAUUGUAUAAGUCAUCAUUUAGCACUUGCAUCUAAAGAUGCAGCUAAGCAAACCCCUUAUUUCGAAAUUUAUGAUGAAACUGUUCAACAAUUAUAUAGUUACUUUAGCCGAUCAUACUCACAAUUACAUUCUUUACAAAUGAUUCAAAAUAGUUUAGAUAAGCCUAAUUUAGAUAUUUUACAAGCUAUGCAUCUAAAGGUCGGUCAAAAAACUGCACAGCAACUUUAUAAUGAUAUUGAUCAAGACUUUUUAAUUGCAACACACUUUUUAGCUGAUAUACUUUCACAACUUCACUGCCUUUCUUUAAUCUUUCAAGCUGAUUAUGUUUCAGUUUCCAAAGUUACAAUACAAGUUAAUGCAGUUAUUGAAUCUAUUACAAUUGACUUUAUUAGUGAAGCAAAUAUACAACCUACAUUUGGAACUAUAUUAUUACGAUAUAUGAAUUAA